AUGACCAACCCUGUGAACGUUGUCCGGACGCGCCGAAACUUCAAAGACCGAUCACGCAACGAUGACACUCCCGUGCGCCUUGCUCCAGCUCCCCCAUCUUUCCCCAAUUCGGAAUCUGGGCCCCAAGUGGUGGGAGUGACACGGUCCACCGAUGGCUGCGCCUGCGACCCUGUGGAGGCUUCGACUAGCUCCAACGCCGUCGCUUCAGUCUCACCACAGUCUUACGUGCCCCUGCUGAUGGAACACCCAUUUGUUGGCUUCAACAGACACGGCACCGACGGCCAGGCAAGGACUACCAUUCCGAGUGCCUCACCCUCAUCCAGCGGCUUGACACCUUCAGUCCGCAAUGUUCACUCCCCCAAGGCCACGUCUGUGUUGGAGAUGGCCCAUACAGUCCCACCCCCACAGAUGGCGGGAAAGAAGCGCUCCUUGCCUGACACGGAUAUGUCAGGUCUCAAUGUAGCACUGCGUCGGCGGCGAACGGUACCAGACACUUUGGCAACGUCCUCGGUCUCACAAUCACAGGCCGAAUCGAGUGAUCACGCCCGGCGAAGGCUUGUAGAUGACCCCGCAGCGGCUACAUUGGCGAGCACGAAGCAAUUCGACUUGUACAACUGUGAAGUGAUGAUAUGCCGCUGGCGGCUAACAUUCUCAGCUUCCACGAGUGCCUCAAUCCUCCUAUUUCCCUUCUGGACCCAGACUGAUACGGAAAGGACUUGGUUUUGUUUGGCCGCUUUUGACCACACCUACUCCACACUCUUUGACCUCCCUCCUACUCUCCGUCUGAGAGAGAUCGGUGACGUAGGUACACACGACCGUCGCGUCGUCGAUAUCGACCUGAAAAUGCUCCGUAUCGGCAGUUUGUGUAGGGAUGGCAUGUCAGAGUUCGAAACAAUAGGCGCAACUCAAUCCCUCAUGCGACUCGAGCGAGCAUACGACCUGAUGCGUGCUCUUAUGAAGAAGUGGCAGAUGUUUGAUUACGGCGCCAGCCAGACUGUCAAGGGGUGCAUCACGACCUACAGUUUCAUGGAGAUUGCCUCCGUCCGGUUUCGCAUGCUCGACUUUGUUCAGCCUGUAGAGGUUGAAAGUGCAGUUGUCGACUGCCUCCAGUGGUCCAUAGACGCCAUUAGCGAACUCAGGAACGCGGAGCACACCAUGCCCUUUCUCCAGGAUGUUCUCUCAGCCCGCCUGGCUUCAGUGGGCUCGUCCCUUCAUGUACUGUAUCGCAGGGUGUCAAAGUCGCAACAGCGGCUCAUUGUGUCUCUCCUGAAGGAGCUGCACCAAAUCUGCUCCAGAGUUUCAGACGACGAACCAGAAUCGGCAAUGGCCUUUGUCUCGAGGUUCUUUGAGAACCUGCUCGCAUCGUUCAGCAACCUUUCGCGGCAGGCCAGCCGGCGAUCAUCCCCAGUGCCCGCCGCCAAGACACAACCACACGUUCCGGGCGUUCCCGCAUCCACCACCUCGGCCGAGGACGUGGACUUGCAUGUCUUGCUGAACCUUCCCGAUGGAGCGUUGGACGAUGUACUCGAUCCCAACUGGACAGCGCUGGAUGAACAAUAUUGCUAA